AAUAAUUAGAGAAGGCCUUGAAAAACAAUCAAUGCCUGAGAUUGGCUCUUAUAUAAUGAGAACAAAGGGUAGGGAUUUUCUCAGCACUUUCCUACUCACAUUCUUCUUUUUACAUACAUUCAUGCAUUUCCCAUUUCAAACCCAACCUCUCAUUCAAAAUCCUUACCUCUUCUAACCUCCAUUUCUCUCUAUAAAUCCAUCUAUCUUUCCUUAGCUUCUCUACACCUUUUUCUUGCUUUUCCCUGCUCUAGAAUGUGAGUUCCUAGGCCAAUGGAGCUUGCGUUGUCGGUCGGCGGCAACAGCGACGGCGGCGAGCCGAGCAGGAAACGGCGGAUAUGUGGGCUUUUUGGCGAUCGGGUCCGACAAGGGUUCAUCGUUAAUGGUUUGGAUGACAUAGAGAGAAGCAGACGGAGGAAUUGCGCACCGGUUCAGCUUGAUUUGAAGCUUUCCUGGUCGACCGAUACAGGAAAUAAUUACGAGGCCGGAAGAUCGUCUGAUCAAACAGCUCCGACACAUGGACACUUGGACGUAAAUCAAAUACCGAUCGAUGAUGACCCCGACAAUGAGAUGGGCCCAUCCUCUUCCGAUUCCCGGCCCACCGUCGCCGGGAAACGUGAUUGCGAGGCUGAGAUGGAGAGAGCUUCUUCGAGAUGCAGCGAUGAAGAAGAAGGUGGAUCAACUAGAAAGAAGCUAAGGCUCUCCAAAGAGCAAUCUUGUUAUCUAGAGGAAAGCUUCAAAGAGCAUCCUACUCUCAAUCCGAAACAGAAGUUGGCGCUCGCUAAGCAAUUGAACCUCCGGCCGCGACAAGUAGAAGUGUGGUUUCAAAACCGGCGAGCAAGGACUAAGCUGAAGCAGACCGAAGUCGACUGCGAGUACUUGAAACGGUGCUGCGAGUCAUUAACAGAGGAGAACCGAAGGCUACAUAAAGAACUCCAAGAUCUAAAGGCAUUGAAAUCUUCCCACAGCCCAUUCCAGAUGCACGUGCCUGCAACGACUCUUACAAUGUGCCCGUCCUGUGAGCGUGUGACCACACCGAACACGGACAACAGCAGUAAGACAGGAGACUUCGGUGGGCCCAAAUCCAGGUUCGGGCUGUUCUCGCAACGUACAUCGGCUACAUCAUGAAAUGGUGGUUUUAGGAGGUGAAAUUUGCAGAUUACCCUAACAAGAGAUGUUAAGAUAUUUAUCAUAUAUCUUACAAAGGAAAUGCUACCUCAUUUGGGUGCAAGUAACUAUGCACAUAUGUGACACACAUGUCUAUGUGCGGCACACGUGCCGUGAUCUGGACGCUUGUUUCUGUGAGCCAGCAUGAUGAUUGGCCGCAACACCAAAAUUUAGCCGAUUAAAGUAUCCUACUUACACAGUUGUUCUGAUACGUUCGCAUGUUGAUUGUGGGACGCUGUUGAUCUUUUGUUAUUCUGCCAGCCAUCUAUUUAGAGGCCCACUGCUUGGACAGUUGAGAUUGUCUGA